AUGCCCGCCCCCGACACCGCGGCCGGUACGACUGUCACCAACACGACUGUCACCAGCACCAGCACCAGCACCACGACCACCAAUGCCAAUGCCAAUGCCAAUGCCGCCGCUUCUUCCCGUCGUAGCGGCCGGCGUAAGCCUGAUCUGAACAUUGAUACCGCAGGGCCUUCCCCCCCACCUCCACCUCCACCACCACGCGCUCCCGAGCGAGAACGAGACAGGGAAAGGAAUAGGGAUAGGGGAAGAGAGAGUGAAAGAGACGGAGGCCGCGACGAGCAACUUCGAACUCCAGCCCGGGAACGGGACCCGGACCAAGACUUUGAUCGAGGCUACGACCGAGACAGAAACAGAGACAGGGACAGAGGCCGAGACGACCUGCAUGAGCACCUGCACGGCCUGCCUCGCACGCCGAGCGAUUGCUCACCUCGCACAAGCCGAGCGCUGCGGGUUCCCGACGGCGGCCCAGGCACGGGACGCGACGGAGCGGACAUUGAGACAUUCCUAGAGGGCCUCACCCCCGUCGACCUACCCCCGAUCGACAUGCCCAACACAGCAAACGAACGCCCGGAACCACCACACCGCCCCACCGUACGCGACUCGCACGAUCUCUCGCUGUCGCCCCGCCAAGUCACCCGCGAUUCCCUCGUGGCGAACAUGCUGCUGUCGCUCGACCAGCUGUCCAUGUCGUUUGGCCCAUCUGCAGCAUCUGCUUCGUCUCACACACACGAACACCAUACCUACGCGGGUGACGACCACGACCGGGCCUUGACCCUCAAUUCGUCCUAUCACCAUCACCAUCACCAACAGCUGCCACGUCCGAGUCGCAGCGUCAACGAACACUCCCACAACCACGGCCACGGCCACGGCCACGGCCAUUCGUACAGCUCCGACUACGAAGGAACCGACGACGCAAGCCGCAUCUCACCGCGCGACCGCCGCCGUAGUAACAGCGGACCCAGCUAUCACCAGCACCACCACCCAACGCCUGGCCUAGGCCGCAUCAAUAGCCUGCGCGAAGUCUCGCAACGGAGCCCAGGACGACAAUUGCAUUCGAGGGGAGGAAAAGGGAGCAAGAGCAGCAGCAUGACGAGCGUCGAUGCGGCAGGUGGGUAUGCCCAGGUCAUUGGCAGCCAGCGAUGGGCCAAGGGAAUCGGUCGCCGGUCUUCUAGUUUCGACGGGGAAACGCGUUCCUCACCAGCCCCGUGGCAGCUCGAGUUCGCCGGCUCGUUCCUCAACGACAACUUCGACGCCGCGCCCACUCCCACGAUCCCAGGAGGCCCCCGGAAGUUAACCACAGCACCAUCGAUGCCUGUGAUGCCCGUGAUGGCCCCGCCAGAGCCCAAGGCUGAUGCGAAGUCGUCGAGCAAGGGGUCCGUCCCGGAACGCCGGAGAAGCACCCGGUCGUCGAGGAGCGCGACGCUCGGCCGCAAGGCGGAACCCAAGUUCAACACCCUCCGCGAUGCACCACCGCUGCUGCCGGAUCAUGACGCUGCACCGGCCCCGCAUAUCGGGUACGGCAAGUCCAAAGACCCGGUGCCGUCGAGCAAUGGAGUGCCGCAGGCCAAAGAGAAGCAGGGCUUCUUCCGCCGCAUGUUCGGAUCGUCCAAGAGCGCCGUGUCGAGCCCCGUUACAACACCGCAAAUAGCAAGUUUCCCGCCUCACAAACUGUCCGCGACCCCUCCACCGACUUCAUCUCGUGACGGGCCGAUGGCGCAGCAGGCCACGACGCACACGCUGCAAAAGAAGACGUCGUCCUUUUUCCGCCGGCGGAAACCCUCGAUGACGGACUCAGAGCCCCCACCGAUUCCCAUGGCGCCGUCCGUGCGGAUUCCCGCCAUGGACCGGGUCGAAGCGCUGUCCAUGUCCAUGCAACCGGAGCCGAGCCCCAUUACCAGCUUGCGACGGGCGAUGGACCCCUUUUUGCAGGGGAGUCCCAUCCAGGGCCCCGACACAGGAGCGCUGGAUUCGGUCUUGCCCUCGAUUGAGCCUCACGAUGUGCAUGAUGAUGAGAUGGAUGACCACAAUAAUAGCCCUAAAAACAACAAUAAUAAUUAUAAUAAUUCCAGCGGCAAAACAGCUGCUGCUGCCCAGGACGAAGGCCGCACGCCACGGGGUUUCUCGCCCGACUACGAGCCGAGUCCGAAAGCGGUCAUCCGCAAGGUCGACCCGGAGGACCACCAUUUGCCCGCCGUGGCCACUCCGAGCCGUGCACCGGUUGAGUCGUCGCCGAUGGAAUCGCCGCCCAAGUCGUUCUUGCGGGAUAAUAGCGACAGCGAGGACGGCCAGAGCCCGAUGCCGAAGCGCAAGACCAAGAGCAACAAGACGACGCCACGGCCCGCCGAGCCUAGGGAGAACAGCAACAAGACGUUGAAGCCCGGGAUUGGGAAUGGGAAUGCCAAUGCGCGCGCUGAUGGGCGGACCCGGUCGCUCUCGCCGGCCGUGUCCAAGUCGAAGAGCGUGCCAAACUUGAAUAAGGCUGCGCGGCUUUCGGUGCGGACAAGCGAGACGAGACAGCAGCAGCAAGAUCAAUUACCACCACCACCGCUCCUCUUACAAACUCCACGUCGAGACUCCAACACACUUGGCGUCACGCCUGAGGUGACCACCGUCGUGCAUAGCGUGCCCAGUCUGCGUGUCGACAGCGCCGAGGGCAGUCCCAAGGGCAGCGGCAAAAGCACAAACGCAGACAAACCCGCCACGCAACCCUCCAAAUCGAUCGACGAACCCGAAAUCGUAAUCGGCGAGCCAACCGAAGACGAACGCCAAAAAGCGCAGCAAAUCUACGACGGCAACGAGGACUUCAUCCAAAAGGACCGGGCCGCCGCGUGGAUGGGCGAGGAAGGCAUCGUGCGGCAGCGGACGCUACGGGCGUACAUGGAGUUGUAUGAUUUGGAGGGCCAGAGCGUGGUGGCGAGUUUGAGAAUGGUGUGUCAGCGGUUGUUGUUGAGGGCCGAGACGCAGCAGGUGGAUCGGAUUUUGAUUGCGUUUUCGAAGAGGUGGUGUGCGUGUAAUGUGAGGCAUGGGUUCAAGUCGAGUGACGUCAUCCACACCAUCUGCUACUCCAUCAUCCUGCUCAACACCGACCUGCACAUGGCCGACAUCGAGCACAAGAUGACGCGCAGCCAGUUCAUCAAGAACACCAUGACCACCAUCCGCCAGGCCGUGCUAGACUCGGCUCCGGAUGCCUUCGAGCGGCCGAGUAUUCUCCCGGGCAAAGGCGGCGACGCAGAUGUUCGCACGUCGGAUGAGUUCAAGCACAACAGCUUCCGCGCGUCGUUCAUCAAGCCCGCCGGACGCCCGACCUCGGCGAUUGGCGUCUUCACCGACUCAUCGCCCGCCGACACCUGUGGUCCGCUCGUUAAGGCACCAUUCGACGGCCCCAUCCGCGCAUGGGAAACCCAAGUCGAGAUCGUGCUCAAGGACAUCUACGCGUCCAUCCGCGACGACCGACUGCCGCUGUUCGGGGCCGAGAACACCCCGCAAACCCCGAGUGGGCUGUCGGUUAUGGGCAUGCUCAAGCGGUCGCCGAGCGUGCUGAGCAAGGCGCCGUCGGAAGGGGUCGCGUCGACGCGUGGCCGGGUGCCAGCCGAGGGAAGCGGAACGACAAACAACACAAACAAGGCCAAUUCGUCGCGGUGGAACUCCAAGAGCCGGUCGCGCCCGCGCGGUUUCAACACGGGCUUCUCAUCCAGCCGCACCAGCUUCGAGGACGCCAACUCCGUCUGGACCCCGACCGACUCGUCCGCUACCUGGAGCAAGCUCUCGCUUGGCCGCACCCACACAUCCAUGUCUAUGGACUCGUUCGGGUCGUCAUACCCGCGCGGCGACUUCCAGCAGUCGAUUGGGUUUGCCAACGCGCUGAGCCAAGCGAUUAUCCGCGAGGACAGCGCGCUGGAAGCGUCGGCCACAGCUGGCGGGAAGGAUGAGGUGCAUGUGCCGCUGAAGAGCGAGCAGUUGCUGGACGAUGAGUCCCUCGAGCUGGCCGGCCCGCCGUGGAUUAAAGAGGGUAUUGUCACGCACAAACACCAUCUCGAUGGCAUCGACAAGCGCGCCCGCGACCGCAACUGGACCGAGGUGUUCGCCGUCAUCCAGAAGGGCCAGCUCAGUCUGUUCUCCUUCUCGCCGAACAAGUCUGCACGCCACAAGAACCGCCGCGGUCUCGGCGCCAGCCAGCUGCCCAAGGGGGCUGUCGUCGGCGGCGGUAACUGGCAGGACAACGCCACGAGCCAGGGGACAUUCUCCCUACGACAAACCCUCGCCUCGGCGCUUCCCCCUCCGGGUUACUCCCGAGCUCGCCCGCAUGUGUGGGCGCUCUCCCUGCCCACGGGCGCCGUGCAUCUCUUCCAAGUCGGCACCCCCGAGAUCUGCAAAGAAUUCGUCAACACAGCCAACUACUGGAGCGCGCGUCUCAGCACCCACCCCCUCGUCGGCGGCAUCUCCAACAUCGAAUACGGCUGGAGCGAAGCCAUCAUCAACAGCGCGGCCACCGCCGCCGCCGCCAGCGAAAGCACCACCAGCGUCGGCGGCGCCGCCAGCAACACUAACCGCCCACCAAGCAGCACAAAAGGCCACUCCCGCCCCGGCAGCGCCGUCAACGCAGCCGCCGCCGCCGCCGCAACCCUCACCAGCCUCGGCCGCUCCUCCAUGCAAUCCGGCCGGUCCAUGCGCUCUGCCUCCUUCGAUUUCGCUCCUGUCGUCGUCCGGCCCGGGUCGGGAUCCUCUGGCGUCCUGGGCGGUGCUUCCCUGCCGCGGCAUCUUACGGGUUCCUCGUCGAAUAUCCCCCGCCACAACACCGGCGGCAGCACCACCCAGGGCGUGAGCACGAGUAAACUCCCCGGUGAUCGCAUCCACAUCACAGAUUGGACCCCUCCCACCCAACCAACCCGCGCCUCUCCCCUCUCCGAAUCCGACCAGUUAGUCUCCCUACUCGCAUAUGUCCGGUCAAUCGAAACAGAACUGCAAUCGCACAAUGCCCUCCGAUCACCAAUGUUGGGCGCCUUCUCGCCACGCAGCGGGAAUGCGGCAAGGGCGAUGGCGAAUUGGGAACGGAAGAGUGAGUAUUUGCUCAGGGAGAGUGUUAAGUUUCGGACGUAUGUGGAGGGGUUGAGACUUGCUGCGGAGAGGAGGGUGGGGGUUUAUGCUGAGAGGGAGGGGAGGAAGGAUGAGGGGGGGUUGGGGGGUAAGGAUGGGGCAGGGGAGGAGGAGGAGGAGGUUGUGCUUGGGGGGCUGGGGGUGCCGGGGAAGAAGUGA